AUGGGUGGAACAGUUGGCCCGUCAAUUCCUCCCCAUAUCCUGGCGAAGAGAAAGCUGGAUGAAGAUGAGGGGAAUAGCAGAGCACCAUCAGGAGUCGGACCGUCGAUGCCAGAUGAAUUAGACAUAAAAAAGAGACGGGCAGUAGGUCCUGUGCUGCCUCUAAUCGAUGAACGGCCAAGUUCGGGACCCGAAGAAGGUGAUGACGAGACCAGCAGCGACGAUGAUAUAGGGCCGGCCCUACCUCCGAGCUCUGCGUCAGCUGUAAGGAAGCCUCAUCUGUUUCUACCCAUUAAGGGCAUUAGCUAACCAGGCGCCAACCGGUGCACAGGAAGAGGUGGAAUUAGCAGCACGGAGGCGGUUGGCACAAUUCGCAGAAACAAAGGUUCAGGAUUCCGGCGGCGGAAAGGCGAAACGUGACGAAUGGAUGUUGGUUCCACCAAAGUCGGAGGAUUGGGCAACCAAAGUCGAUCCAACCAAGCUACGAAACCGAAAGUUUCAGACGGGAAAAGGAUCCAAAGCACCUCAGAAACCGGGAGGAGACAAUACACUCUGGACAGAAUCACCCGAGGAGAAGCGCAAGCGGUUAAAUGAUGAGGUGAUGGGUAUUAGGAAACCAGAAACCCAAACACAGGAAAAGGAGGGAAAGCACGGUGUCGGUGCGGCCGAGGCCGAGGAGACGACCCGAAGAAUCCGUGAAUACAAUGUAAUACCCCUUAUGCAUUGAUCCAACCUGGCACACAUCUAUCUGAUACUGAAUCGUUGCCUGCUGGGGUUUUAGGAGAAAAAUCGCUCCCAAACGCUCUACGAGGAGCAUAAAAAACUGGGACCUCGGGAAAAGGAGGACGACCCUAGCGCUCGCGCGUUUGAUCGUGAGAAGGACAUCGCCGGGGGUCGCAGAAUCGGUCACGCGCAAAAGAAGGAGAUGCUGAAUAGAGCAGCCGAAUUUGGAUCUCGCUUUUCUUCGGGAAGCUUCCUGUGA